AUGUCGAAACUUCAAGACCCCAAGACAACACGCGACGGCCCCAGCAAGGCUAUGAAGGACGAUAGUCAGGUGAGUGAAGCCCUUCAGAGGGAGAGUGUGGAUGGUCAUGUUCCCACGCCGGCCGUCCCGGCAUCUGGACGAGCAGUCUUGCUUGACCCACGCGGCCUACCUCCGGUCCCGCAACCGAAUUCGGACCCGUUAGAUCCCCUGAACUGGUCAAAAUCCGAAAAGGCACUUAUCUUAUUCAUUGUUUGUUACGCCGGCUUCUUGUCCAUUUACCUGACAACCGCACCGGUGGCAUCACUUCCACUGCUCCAAGAGCAUUUCAACAUCAGUUAUACCAAGGUUAAUUGGUCCUUAGGCGUCCCUGCUCUGGGUCUUGCCAUCGGGAUCUUGCUCUUUGCAGGGUUAUCGGAUAUCUGGGGUCGUCGCACUGCUCUGCUGGGCACUACUCUAAUCGCUCUGGUAGCCACCGGCUGCACAACGACUGCCAAUUUGCCCUAUGGGGCAUAUCUGGUGCUCCGCCUUCUUCAAGGAAUUGGCGCUGGACCAGCGCUUAACGUAGGAUUUGCUAUUGUUCAAGACAUCACGUACGAACACGAGAGAGGGUUUAAGACUGGUCUUUGGAUCUUGUCGAUCGAUAUAGGAGGGAUGAUUGGUGCCUUUCGUGAGUUUUGA